AGCAGAAACAAGUCUGACUGAGUUUACGAAUUUAGAAGUUACUUAAGAAGGAGAAAAAAGAAAAAAAGCUCGAAAAAACACAGCGACCUACUCAGAAUAAUUCUGAAAACCCUGUCUCUCUUGAAUCUCGUCAACUACGUAACCUGCCCGAAUCAUAUCUCCUUUUAUCUUCUCUCUGAUGUCAGAACUUACAACCCCAGCUUCAUGUAUUUAUGAUAUCACUUAAUGUUUUCCAGAACCCAGCCAUACUGACGGCGUUCGAAAUGUAUUCAUCGUGCAUGAACACGACAGCAGUGGAGAAAUUUGGAGAUUCAGAAUUGAGAACACUUCUCGUUGAGCUCGCAGAUUUUAAUAUGACCAAGAAUAGAAGUUCCAGUUAUGAUUGGCAGAAUUUUGUGGUGAAAAUGAAACGUCGACUUAAUGUGGAUGCAUUUUUUAAACUGGACGUUUACGACGACCUGAAGAAUACUUCGCUACGACGCAUUACAGUAAUGUGAUAAUUUUACUUCAUUAUUUUGUAUAUAAUACAAUGUUCAGGUUACAAACGUAGGCUUAAUUUUAUUUUACUUUGCUUUCUACUUUUUUCAUACUUUGUAGGUGUUUGCAGUUCAACUGCCUCUACAUCACGAGUAUUACACAGCUCAAAACGUUACUCGGGAAGCACAGGUAGGCUCAUUUUCAGAUAUCGAACAAAAAUGGAGAAACUAAACUAAAACUAAACUAAGCUGAUUGCACUAUCUGUUCCAAAAUGUUUUCCUUAGAUGUCCAGGACGAAUCAUCCCAUAUAGACCAGCGUUGCAACAGGAGGAAACGGAAGGUGGAUCGAAGACUAGGGGGGGGGGGGGGGCUAAGUUCUUACAGAUAAUAAAACUAUUGUUCCUUUCAGUCUGUUCAACUUGUGGGGGGGGGAUUUUGAAUUUUGAGUCUCUGGAACGCUGUUUCCUCCGUUUUGAGGAUACUUUGCGGAACGAUACUUGUUUUUGUGGUAAAUUAGGAAAAGCAAACAAACUUGUUAACCAAUUCGACUUUCAUUUCGUUUAAUUACAUGGCUGAGAUCUUCCUCCAAAAAGUUGAUUCACAUCAAAGGAAUAUCAUAAAUAUUUUUUCUCUAGCUACGCCGUGAGCGUUAUCUGCAAUUUAUGACAGACGUGAUGACAUUAGUUACGUCAGGAAACCGUACAUUUGUGAAGCAAGAAAUGGAAAAAGUUUUGGAACUUGAAACAAAUAUAGCUAAGGUAUUUUAUAUGUUGUUGUUGUUGUUGUUGUUGUUGUUGUUGUUGUUGUUGUUGUUGUUGUUGUUGUUGUUGUUGUUGUUGUUGUUGUUGUUGUUGUUGUUGUUGUUGUUGUUGUUGUUGUUGUUGUUUUGUUGUCGUUGUCGUUGUCGUUGUCGUGUUCUUUAUAGAUACUGUACAGAUAGGGUACAAAUGACUUAAUCUCAUGCUGCUUGUUCUAUUCUAUGUAGACACAACUUCCAUUAAGUAAAAGGAAUAAUUUCAGUGUGAUCUACAACCCAGUGUCCAUUGGAAAUCUGUCCAAUAUGACAGAAAAGGUAAUUAUUUAUUUUGGUCGAUUUUUUCUCUAAAAAACUCACUCUCUUUGAAAAACUCACUCGUACGUUCGAAACUAGACUUGGAUCAAGUCCAUCUCUAGAGUCCGAGUCGCGAAGCGACGAGAUCGAGCGCUUUCCCGCGUUAUUGCACCUCGCGCUCUCCCUCUGACUCUAGAGAGACGGACUUGAUCCAAGUCUAGUUCGAAACACACUCAAAAAUUGCGUUCGCAGCCAUCAAUUGAUGAUGGCAUUAUCUAUCUUAAUAUUCUGAGCCACAUAUUAAGUAUUCAUUUUCUUUUAGUUUGACUGGUUGUCGUUUUUCGGCAACUUAACUGCUGGGUUAGGCUACGUCUUAACUCCGCGAGAAAUGUUGUUGGUAACUUCCCCAAAAAUGGUGAAAGAUAUUUUAAUUUUGUUAAAAAGCGCCAAACCAAGGUACUUAGCUGAUAAACUGUUGUAAUAAAUAAACUGUUUUGUUAUUUUUUGAAUCAACAAACAUAGGAUGCUAGCAGCUAGGUGGCAUUUUUUUCUCUUUAUAGCGUUAUAUCAAAUUAUCUGGCUUGGAGGAUUGUCUAUGGUUUGAUUGAAGUUCUACCUUCAAAGUAUGGAAAAUUAUACAGUGCAUAUCGUGGUGGUCAAUUGAAACCGAAAUGGGAUACCUGUGUCAAAGAAACAUCCAAUGCACUUCCUCUUGAGACCACGCUCAUUUUUGCACAGCAUGCACUACCAAAAGACACUGUGAUUGAGGUUAGCCGUAAAACGAUGCUUUGAUAAAAUAUAUAAGGUGAUAAUUUAGUGGCGUAGCCAAAGGGGUCAAGGUGAGACUCUGCCCCCGCCGCCCCGCCCCUCAUGAUCUCCAGAACUGUUCUUGGUAACAGUUGAAUUCUCUGCAUGAAAUCUCUGAAAUAAAGGUAAAAAUGACUUCCUUCCUAGCUAUAUUUUCUUUAAGAAAACUAAAUGUUAUUUGCUUCCAAGUGCAAACGGCCUUGCAAAAAUCAAGAAUUAGGAUUUAAAUGCCUAGACAUUGGGAAUGACGAAAUGCUUAACAAAUCCUACCCGUUGUCUUCCUUUCAUGGACUUCUGUAUCGCAUAGAGCUUGGAGUGUAUGUUAUAAGUAUUGUACAUGUUGAACAAUGAAGUAGACAGGUAAAAAUACACAAUCUGUCACAAUGGUCAGGUAAAAGAUUAGGGACAUUUCAAAGCCUGACCAUGACAGCUUAUUGUAGAAUACUACCUACACUGCUGGACCUCAUGCACGUUUGAGAUAUCUUUACAAUUCAUAUUUAGGCAAGAAGCAUGCUGCGCGAUGUAAAAGAUGUAUUCAUCAAGAUUAUUCCUAAACAAUCUUGGAUGAGUGAAAAAUCUCAGAGAGGUGCAAACGAGAAGGUAGAUUGAUUUACAUGCUAAGAAGUGAUAAUUCGUUUUUCCAAUAAUACAGAAGUUCAGAUUUGAUUUUCGCUACCAUUACCUUGACCAUUAACCAAUCAGAUGCGUUUGAUAUAUCCGAUUAACCAAUCAGAUGCGUACUAAGUCAUGCGAGGUAAUUGUAGUGAUCAGGGCCGCCGAGAAGGGGGGGGGGCAAAUUGCCCCUCCCCCACCUUAAUAGGGGCCCAACUUGAGAGCGAAAGCCUAAAAUUGAGUGGGUUUUUUCAAUUCGUCAGAGCAUUUUUGAAAUUGAGGGCCCCUUACAGUAGCUCCACAUGCAGUCUAGCUAAGGUCUAGUUGGGUGACUGACGUAAUGGAAAUCUGAACCUCUCUAAUAAAUGUGGCAGCGAACGCGAGGUUUGAUGCCUGGGGCACAGUAUAGUUGUCCUAUUUUAAUUUCGCUCCAGGUAUUCGGGUUUCUUCCUGGAGGAACACUGAACUUAUAAGGAAUGGUGAUUACUGGAGCUCUAGGGACAGAAUUGAUGAACUUGUCCAGUAUGAAUAAGUUAGUUUCGUAUGUAGUUUAGUUUAGUUUAGUUUAGUAACAACCAACGAUCAAUAGAAACUUAAUUUUAUUAAAAUUUGUCCCUCUAGGCAAAAGCUAUGAUAUUUCAUCUUGCGUAUCCUGAAAACGUGGCUUCAGAGUCGUUAAAAACCAAAGUAAGUCCUUUCCAACCUCGUUCCCAGGCUCUUCUCUAGUGUGAAGGAAUCUCCUUGAGCUUGAGAACGGUGAUGGGUCUAUGGAUAUGAUAGUGAACUUUAUUUAAGCACUGAGGCCUGUCAUCCAAAUUGAGAUGAUCUUCCCAGGCGCCGUGACAUUUGAAUUAUUUACAAUAUUUACAAGAGAAAUGAGAAUAUAUAACAAAUUAUUUCUACAGUUUAUUUUGAAUACUUUUAGUGAGGUGGAAUUCCUAAUUUGAGAUGACAGGCAUUCAUGGUGCCUACCAUCAGUAUAUACACGCAAGGGCUUGCAUUCCAUGGAUAGUGUGUUCCAUCUUUCAAUAUAACGCUUUUUAUCAAACGACUAUAUAGCAACCAAGCUUUGUGGUAAACAACACACAAACAUGUGUUUUUAUACUUUUCAGUUUGAAGUAGACGUCAGUUAUUUUACAACAUAUCAGAAAGUUAAAUCGUUCAUGGUUACGGAACAUUUCAAGUCUUUGAAGACAAGUAAAAAUCGAAAUGAGUAAGUGGCGUAUUGUUCUUUUAUAUCAUUCAUUGAGAUAAUUUAUCCAAUGUAUUCAUCGGCUACGAGAUGGUUUUUAGUGCAACGCAUUUCGCAAAGUAAACUACGAUUAUUUUCAAAUGUAUUGGGACAGAUCCACCAAAUACCUGUUUUUUAACAAAAACUAGCUCCGAUCCCCCGCGCCCCCUUCCAUUCCUGCCAGGGGGGACUAUAUGGAUAUAUCUUCUCCAACUAUAUGCUCCCAGAUAGGUCUAAGGUCUAUCAUAACAUUUGAUGGUCUAUCAUAGAAGGUCUAUCAUAACAUUUACCAUAACAUUUGAUGCGUUAUGGUGUUUGGAUUUGGAGUCCAACAUUGAUAGGGGAGGGGAAUAAAGAGGAUUUAUGUGUGUAAAAAACUGACUGUGCUUAUUGACUUCUAUGGUAAAACUGCAGGUGCUCCAAAUGCUUGUAGUUAAAAGGUUUGCGAAAACUAGUUUAGACCUACAAUCCUGGCAAAAAUUAUUGUGGACAGCGCGCGCGGAAAUAGAAAUACCAUCCUUGGCCAAUAUAUACAGUACGUGCAAAACAGCAAUGUUUAACUCCCUCCUCCCGGUUCAAUGUUGAAAGCUUAUACAUUGGUUAGGUGAAAGCUUUGCGAAAUGCAUGUCAACACCUUAGACCUAUCUGGGAGCAUGUAGUUGGAGAAGAUAUAUCCAUAUAGUCCCCAUGGCAGGAAUGGAACUUGCGGUACUACGAUUCCCGUACAGCGCUUUGGCCACUGAGCUACAUAAUUCGGUUGCCAAGAACUAACAUGCACAAGUUCAUGUAUACAAUACAAGGAAUCUCAACAAGUUAUGGCCUUAUAUUGUUAUUUACAAUAACAAUUUAAGGCUUAGACAACAGGACAAACAAAGCCUUAAAAGUUACUGUAGGAAAGAAAACAGAUUUAAAUUUUCAGAUUUAAAGGAAAAUUAAACUAGUCUGUGAUUAUGAUUGACCUCGGUCCUCCGAAGCAAGAAUAACUAUAAGGAAUGAUUUUUUCAAGGUUCAUGGAAAAAGACCCUAUGAAACCAACGGCGUUUUAUUAUCCAACUCGUAAUAUAGUAGGUACGUAUAAACGUGUUUUUCAUUGCUGAAGAGCGAGCGAGGCAGCACACUAUUCUUCACAGUUCACACAGCUUGCGUCUCUAUGAAAUAGAAAGGGGAGGACGUUGAGGAUGUCAAUGUGGAAAAAUUAUGAUCCUGGCAGGGAGUCAAAGAGAUCAAGGAGACAAAGGGCUUAUUAAAACUCUCCGAAAUUUAUUUACAUUUUUGUAUCUUUGUUUUAGGAAUUUCUGUUGGUUUUCUUCAAACUAAGUUAUUUUCUCUGGAGAAUUAUAAGUAUGUGAAGUUGGUUUUCAAAUUUUUACCAGUAAAGAUUUAGGAUUUGAACGCCCAUUUCCCCUUACUACUGAGUUCAGCCCGCUACUGUAGUUCGAGGGUAGGGUAUUUUUUACAUUAGGUGACUGCGGGUGUUUCCUCAAAGGCCCAGGGCUGCAAAUUACUGUCGGACAUCGGACAAUUUCCGACUAAAUUUGGCAAAUGUCCGAGCAAAAGUAAAUUGUCACAUUUUUUUGCUGUCACAAAAUCCGAUUGCAAGUUCACUCAAUUUGCAUUUUGCAAUAAUAUUUAUGAGGCAUUCUAGCAUUUAACUUAACGUUGCAUCGGAAUGGCUAUACAUACUUUUCUCGUGACUUAUAUAUAUCUUGUGACGUAUACUGUAUAUGUCUGACCAAAUUUAGUGGAGUUGGUUUUUGUCCGACCAAACUCAAGUUAUGUCCGACCAAAAUUAAAAGUGAUCGGACUAAUGUCCUGUCAAGUCAAAUAUUUAUUUGCAGCCCUGAAGGCCCGUUUCAGGUCGUUUACAUUCGCACUUUUUGCUGUGAUUUUAGGUGCGGUUUUCGUCUCCUGACGGAUGUGAACGAGUGGAUGAGUUAUCCAGGUUCAAAUAAGGGUGCAUAUACUCAGAACAUUCAUAACUCAUCUACUGAUUCACAUGCGUCAGAAGAAUAAAUUAACUCUAUUUUUCAGUGAACAAUAUUUGCAUACAGUAUCUCUUUUGUUUGAUAUUGUAGAUCUGCUAACUUUGGUGUACUUGGUUUUGUCAUUGGACAUGAAAUUAAUCAUGGAUAUGAUUCAAAGGGUUAGUUACUGUAUUAUCAAUAAUCACACUUCGUGACAUUUUCACGUCAUAAUUCAAACUGUUGAAGAUAGAAAUUCAUUGAGGUGGCACAGUUCAGCCUUUUGAACGAUGGUUUUUAAGGCGCAUUUCAGCCCUUUUAAUUGAAAAAACUAACCAGGAAAAUCAAUUAAGCAUAAUUCAAGAUCAGCAAACUUAAUGUUUUUAACAUUUUAAAACAUUUUUAUUGUUAAAAAUAUUGAGUUCACUGAUCUUGAAUCAUGCAUAAUUGAUUUUCCUAGUUAGUUUUUUCAAUUAAAAGGGCUGAUAUGCGCCUUAAAAACCAUCACUCAAAAGGCUGAUUCCAUAACUGGAGUCGACUGUGCGAAGGCUGAAUGGUGAUUUUUUCAACUCUCCGACACAAUGCCUAAAUUAAGGCUGUGAAACUGCGGAAACGGACCUCACAAUAAAUUUAAAUUAAAAACACUUCAAUUUAUCAGUUGCUAAACUUUACUAAUCUUGGUUAAUUCAACGGUCAAUUUUAGAUAGGUUGAAAAAAUCACUAUCCUAUGGAUAGUGAAUCGAUAUGACAAUGAAAGAGAGACUUGGAGCAAGUCUAUUCGUAUUGCUGUAUUGUAUGUAAUGUAGCAAUAUACUGUAUAUGUACUUUUGGUUCUGUGGUGGGAAAGAGACAAAAAGUUAGAAAGAAGUUUUUGCUUAAAUAGGCAAUUCCAGCUUUUAGUUUAUGCGUGUAGGGGACGAUGGGAAGUAAGGUAUCACAUUGUUGAUUAUGCUGAAAAAAUAGAAAUGGUGGCUGUGUAAACACAGAGUGAUAGCUUAUACUUGUAAAUAUUGAAAUAUUUCGGUUGUUUCGGUAGUUUUUAUUGAAAUUUUUCAGCAUAAUCAGCAAUAUGAUACCUUACUUCCCAUCAUCCCCUGCAGGCAUAAACUAAAAGCUGGAAUUGCCUAUUGUUGUGUUGUGCAGGUUUCAGAUUUGACAAGUACGGUGACCAACGGAAAUGGGUGUCCGACAACUCUUCUAAGAACAUCGAGAAGAAGCAUUUAUGUCUGAAGCGUUCCUACAGUAAUUUCACAUACAACAAUCGUAAGGUAACGCCAUGAUUUUAAUUAUAGUUUCUGAAAAACAUUGUUUCAUUACACGUCUUGCAACUGGUCCACGUCUAGAUAUCUAUUUUUAGCGCGAGUUUAGAUUUGCUGCUUGAAAAGUUUGCAAGUUCGGAAGAAGAUACUAAGACACUACUAUUAAUUUUACUUAUCUAUCUUUCUGAUUGUCGAAAACCGAUUGUUGAGAAAUUGCGCACUUUAAAAAUUAUAUGCAGUAUAAACAUGUUACGUUGGAAAUUAUCGUUAAAAAAUCGACAUGAAUGACGUCACCUUUACUCGGUCGACUGAUAUUAUGACGUCAUUAUAAAAUCGGCAUCUGGCAGAUUGUGGCAUGUAUAAUCGAUAAGAACGAUAAUUUCGGUCACUAAAGUUUAGCAUAUUUUGCGCGCUAUACGAUCGCGUGGGUGCCUGUGUAGUACCUGACUCUUCCACAGUCCCUCGCUAUAUUUGAGUACGGGAGAAUAUGCCCGUUCGCGGGUUAGGCGUUGACAGACAUGCCGUCAUCCAACGCAUCAGGGGUAGCACUAGAGAUUUAUAGAUUUAUUGUCAGACCUGUUUUCGCUCGAUAUUUACAGAGUGAAUCGAUUGAGUGCAAAGUCCGGUUGAAUUGAUCUCGAGUGUAUAUCAGAAGUCGGGUAAAUUAGAUUUUUUAACGUAUUUUACAGCUGGGCAGUGUUGGCGAUUAUCUUCAACAAUAUUGUGACAUUGGAGGCUUAACGCUCGCAUUUGAGGUGAGGAUAUUUUUCUGUGAGAUCAAGAUGAGGAUAUUUUUCUGUGAGAUCAAGAUGAGGAUAUUUUUUCUGUGAGAUCAACUACUUAGUUGAUAUCUUUUGUGUCAUGGGAUUUAAAUCAAGCCAUCUAGUCUAAGGGUGUUGACAACCUCGUAACCCUGGGUGCGAGGUUGGGUGUUGAUGGCUUCUGUUCUGCUUGUACUCCGCAACCGAUAGUCGUGCCACAGAGUACUAACCAUGCAGAGGUCUCACUUCGCGGGCAAACGUAAGUACUGUAGUUUUUACCGCGCAUUUCUGGCAGCCAUGUUCUUAGUAAGUGCCCCAAAGAGAGGCAUUCACCCCCCUGGAAUAUUAGAUAUCAAUAUGCUUUCAGGAGGAACAUGGCGGACUGGGAAAAUCCCUUACGCGGAAAUUAAUAAGAGAUGAGACCUCCGUAUGGUAUUUAUACUCUGUGGUCGUGGACAUAAUUGUUACAGGUUUUCCCUUCAUCACUUGCCCCCUUCCCAAUGUUGCUGCUAUUUUUAACGCAAUUAGCCAUUCCGAAGUUGACGAGUGGACUGGGGACGAGUGUUAAAAAGUGUCCAAAUUGAGAAAUGAACCAAAUCACUAAAAAGACCACCUCAAAAUUAGUAAGUAUACAAAGUUUGAAGACGUUUACAUGAAUACCCUUCGAAUAAUAAGCUUUCGAAAAUCCGAUAUUUACUAUGAAAUGUAUUGCAAUUUUUGUUUUUGGGACGCGCGUCCCAAAAACAAUCUUUGAAUCAAUAAUUUCAUAAUUUUCGAAAGCUUAUUAUUCGAAGGGUAUUCAUGUAAACGUCUUCAAACUUUGUAUACUUACUAAUUUUGAGGUGGUCUUUUUAGUGAUUUAGUUAAUUUCUUAAUUUGGGCACUCUUUAACACUCGUCCCAAGUCCACUCAUCAACUUCGGAAUGGCUAAUCCGACAACAUUGACUAGGGGAAAAGGGCCUCGCAUAAGGUACAGGUAUCACGCAACAAUUUAAACUCUAGCAGAGAUAAUGUAUACCCAAGUUGCCUCUUGCAGGAUCUCUAGGUCUUUGGAGACCAUUUUAGAUCUAGUAGAGCUAACCAUCGUAUAAACUAAGUUUGUUUAGUUCAGCAAGGCUUACGCAUGUCAUGUAUUAUUGGCAAGCUAUGGAACACGUUAGCUGAAAUAGGAAAUUUGUUUUCAGGCAUACAAGGAAUGGAAAAAUCACCACAGCGAAGACGAAAUCUUACCUGGACUUGACAUCACACAUAAUCAAUUAUUUUUCCUUUCAUAUGCACAGGUAUAGAACUUCUUGCUUUUCAAGGCUCCUUUCUCUCCUGUUAUAUUCAUGCAAGUAUAGGAAUCAUUAGGAAACUAGUAUCAUUCAGAAGAGACUGCAUGCCUCCACCAUCAGUGCAUGAAUUACACAUUUUUCAAUUACGCUUUAAUCAGAACUUUACAGCCCAGAGAAGCGGGACGAACCUGUUAGUCGACCGGCCAAGGUGGCAAAAAGUGCCUCUAAAGAGAGUUUGAUGGCAACUUUAUGUUAGAAGCUGGUAACAGGCAUUUUCUUAUAGUUCAAGCCUUGGUGAAUAAGACUAUAUGUGUUACCACUUCUGAUUUUUGCUUUAUAGCCAAAAAAUUGAGAAUUUUUAAAUUUUGCGUAUUAAACUACUAUGAUGGCAAAAAAUGUAAAAUUUCAUGUUCUCUUAUACAAAAAAUAAACUAUGCCACUAGAAAGAUCGCAAAAAACUAUAUAUAGGACAAUUAAGCGACUAGUGCGGUUUUCAAGCCGAUUUUGAAUUGAAGAUGGUUAAAGUUGGCAAAAUGGGUACUAAUUAGCAUUAAUUUGGUAAUUUCUGCAUUUUUUAGCAUUAAAAACUCGAAAUAGGAUUGGAAAAAUGUAGAACUCAUGUAAUUGUCUUACAUAUAGUUUUUUACGCUCUUUCUAGUGGUACAGUUUAUUUUUCGUAUAAGAGAACAUGAGAUUUUACAUUUUUUCCGAUCAUAGUAAUUUAAUAGGGAAAAUUUAAAAAUUCUCAAAUUUUUGGCUAUAAAGCAAAAAUCAGAAGUGGUAACACAUAUAGUCUUGUUCACCAAGGCUUGAACUAUAAGAAAAUGCCUGUUACCAGCUUCUAACAUAAAGUUGCCAUCCAGUUGUACAAAAUGAUGACUUGGCCAGCCGUCUAUGUGUUGAUUUUUCAUCUAAACUGAAGUCUAAUCGAUUUGUUCUUGGCCUGUAUCCAUUAGUUUCACAAAUUUUUAGACACACAAAUGAACCGAGGUGAAAACAUAGUAAAAAAUGGCGAGUUUAAGGGCAUAAUAGGUGAAAACCCAUCAUCCCUUGCGCGCUCAGAGUUUAAGUUUGACGUUUUGGAAGGACAACAUUAAUUGAAUCAGCUGUAUAAGAACCUGUUUAGGCUAACUUGAAAUAUCUAGGUUCUUAUACGCGGGGUUUUAACCGAGAUCGAUCUCGAUCCGAUCUGAGUAGACCACUUCUGCUAGAUCGAUUCAUUCCAGAUUGAACUGAAUUUAUCAAAGUGCUUUCCAUAAGAACCUAACAAAACAAUUAUUUUUCUUUUAUACUGACAGAUGUGGUGCGCAAAGUACAAAAAUUCUGCGGUAAAGCGCAUGGUGAAGGAAGGAGCCUACCCGUUCUCGUUGAGGGUGCAAGGAACCGUCAUGAACUCUCAGGAAUUUGCUGACGCGUUCUCGUGCGCCCGAGGAACGGCUAUGAAUCCCAAGGAGAAAUGUAAGGUUUGGGAAACAUGAAUUUAGAUUUUUAACAACCGUUUGUGGCUCGAUCAUGGACAUAUUUGCAAGCCUGUGAAGUUGGAGUAUAAAUACAUGUAUAUAAUGCAAUAGCCAUGGCGUGUAAAGUAUAAGGGAAUCUGUAUUUGGACUGUAUUGGGAAAUAGAAGGAACAAGAUUUCUUCUCUGAAAUAUUAAAUUCUGAGGUUGGAUGGAAAAAAGCGCUGGUUUGCCGGUAAACAACAUCAUGUAUUUGCAUCUGUUCAUGAACCAUACAUACUACAGUAAAUUCCAAAAAGCCUUUUCGAAGUUAACUGUUUUUCUUAAAGAAUAAGAUGGAUUUGAACUCUAUACCGCAGAAUUGAACAACUAUAAAUAUUCUUGCUGAUGCCUUGUAACGUGAGAUGCAUUAUAGAAUUGAUGUCUAACAAGGUUAAAACCGUUUCAAAUGUUUAUUCAAAAGUUUCAGUAGCUUUGCACUCUCUCUUCACCACACUGAACAGACAUCGGGGACAUUCAAAAUGUUCACCUGAAUUGUAUAAAAAAGUG